GUAAUAUUUCAGAAAUGCCACAGCUUCUAUAAAGUAACAAGUAGCGCCAAAAAGGAAUAUACAAUUACCUCUGCUGGUCUUUCUGGCUCAAAACGCCCAUCAGUUUGCUGUAAAAAAGUCCUGUGAGACACUUGCAAUCGGCAUGGCCAGCGGCGGAGGCCGUGUUCCGCAGCCGCUGCGCGCGUUGGCGUCGGGCGCCGCCGUCCUGCUCGGCGGAAUGUUCGCUCUGUCUCUAACUGCUUCCGCCACCAUCCGAACGCUUCAAUCCAUCGCCGAGGCUAAGCGGAAAAAGUUCGCGUUGCCGUGUGGAGCAUGCAGGGGAAAAGGGUUCUAUCCUUGCAAAUUGUGCCAGGGAAAAUCAACCAUAGAAUGGUCUCCUCUGUAUGAUCCUCUGGUUAUCAAUCCGUGUCUCUGCCCUACUUGCGAUGGCAACAGGGUGCAGCGCUGUCUCAAUUGUUUGGGCAGAGGGUAUUACUGACGAUCUUAAUUCCAGCUUUCCGUUGAUUGCAGUUGCAUCCGACUCUGUAUAUCUUUGAAUCUAUUGUUACCGGGAAAAUUUGUCUUCUUGAAGUGACUGAUGGUAGCUACUAGUUUGGUUGAUAGGAUGAGCAAAGGUGUUUGAUAAAAUGCUUACAUGAACUAUGAACCCUCUGCCUGCAAUUCUUGAAUUUUUUUUUUUUUUUUCUGCUGAGCAAAUUAUUUGAAGACUUUUGUUGAAGCUAUUUUAUCUUAUUAUUUUAAUUCAAAUGCUAUUAAUAGAGUUUUGAAA